AAGUCACUUAAAUAUUGAAUAAACAAGAAAACCAUCCUCGAUCACUUUGCAAUUAAACGGUUGGUGAUUUUAGGGUAGAUGACACAUAUCUAUUGUAUGUAAAAUGUAGAAACGUUAAAUAUGCAUUCCCUUUAAUAAUGGCGACUGAAAGGAAAGUUAGAAAAUUUUGUAGUGUUUGUGAAAAGGAAAAUCUGGUGGCAUGGAAAUGUUUAAACUGUUUGGAAUUACAAUGUAGUGAUUGUAAAAACGUUCACGAGAAAUUUUCGAUAAGUAAGAAUCAUAUUCUUAUACCUCUGGAUAAACUAAGUCCUUCUAUGAUGGAGGAGCAAAAACUUAAAAUUACGUCUGCUAUCAACAAUCAGGAACAAUGUGACUUAUUUUGCAUCAACUGUAACAUUAGAAUCAAAACGGCAGAUUCCAUUAUGGAACAUCUCACACAUAAUUUGGACAGUUUUGAAUCAUUCAAUAAGACUCUUCGAACAAAUAUCGACUCUCUGAUAUCGAAAAUCACAUUAGAAGUUGGAUCUUCGAAAUCUUACGAUGACAAAAAACAAAUGGUAGAGGAGAAAAGAGAAAUGAAAAGAGAAAUUCAAAAGAGGUAUGAGGAAAUAAUAUUAAGUUGCAAAGCUAAUAUGAAAUCCCUACACAAUGAUGUGGAUAAGUUUUACAAAGAAAGAGAAAAACAUAUUAAAGAAGCUAAGAAGAGAGUUGGGAAAGAAAGUACAAAGCUUGUCAAGGCCAGAGACAAACUCGGCAUGUUGCAACAUAAAGCGGAACUUCCACAAUUACAAACUACAUUUAUAACCACAAAACAGCAACUGGAUAAAUACGUAUCAACUUUACCCGUCGAUGAACAAAUAGUAUUUCAAACUGGGGAUCAAACAGCUGACGACAUUUCACGAGAUAUAGGAUCUCUCCACUACUCUAUUGCAGCUUCUGGAAAAUCAGGGAAAAGUUUUCAGUUGGAACUAAUAGAUAAAUCAGGACCAACUAAACUACAGACCGUCUCCGUUAUAACACCUUGUGGUGAGGUCGAUGUCUGCAUUGGGGGCGUCAAACACAAAACGAUUCAACUGGUCAACCUUACUAGACCAUCAACUCCACUCAACGAAUUUACUGUGACAUUUUAUGAUUUUACAUCUUCAGCGGAUGGCAGCUUGUUGUAUAUUACAGAUUUCAAAAACAAAUGCUUGCAAGCUGUGACAAAACUUGGAGAUUUGAAAAAUAUUAAAACUUUCUCCCCGCUUUUGCCAACUUGUGUUCACGUUACAUCUAAUCAUGAAAUAUACGUCGGAAUAGUAGAAUCUGACAGUCAAAACCUCGACGCAGAUAGCAAAAGAGCAAUACUGAAAUUGACACCACAAGGAAUUUUCAAGUCUGAGUUUGAGUUUGAUUUGAGAGGCACUCGAUUAUUUACUGUGCCAUAUCGUUGCCAUGUGAACGAAACAAACAAGUCCAUUGUUGUAAUUGACAAAUACGAUCCAUCCACAGGACGAGUAAUCGCAUUUGACGAAACCGGAGAAGUAAAAUUCAGAUAUUCUGGAUUCACAGCUAGUUCCAAAUUUAAGCCGUUUAGACCAACGAAUGUCAGCUGUACACAAAUGGGUGAAACAAUUAUUUGUGAUAUCGACAAUCACUCUUUGCAUAUCAUUGACAAACACGGAUUCUUUAUCCAAAAUUUGUCGACUCUUGAAGUGGGUAUACUGCACCCGCAUAGCAUGGCUAUAGAUUCAUAUGACCGUUUGUGGAUUGGCACAGGCCACCCUCCGACUGAUGCUAAACAAAAAGGUCAAAUAUACAUCACUAGAUUAACAAAGAAAUAACUUCUAACGUUUUGCCGCAUGAGGAUGAUUACUAAGUCUCUCGUAGGGAUUGUUUAGAUAAAUCAGAUACAGAAAAGUAGUCUAUGUUUCUCCUGGAACAAACACGUUUUGCAGAAACGAUAACAGUUUUGAUUAUGUUAAAAUCAACUGCCUAUUCAUUUACAACAUGAAAGUCAAACACAACCGACUAUUUAAAAAGUAUAUGCACUAAUUAUAAGAGAUUUUAUUUUAUACAUUCAUGUGUCUUUAAAACUUCAAAAUAGUUUUUAUCUACUGUAACUAUUGUGACAUUAUGUUUGCUACUACAUGUAUAAAUGAAAAAAAUAACGAUGAUAAGUGAAGGUAAAUCGCACAAAUAUGAUAUUUUCACAAUAAUAAAAAGUGAAUGUUUCACAAUCUUUUUCAAAUUA